AGACCACUUACGCUUUGUCACAAACAAAUCAAAUAAAAAAUAAUUUAAAAUUCAGAUUUAAACAGUUAAUAUAUGAAUGUCACUUUAAGCUAUUAAAUUAAACUUAUUGUAAUAUUUUGAACAUUGCCUUUAGAUUAUGUUAUAUAAAUGAACUAAUAAUGAAGUUUCCUGACGGAGAAGAUUUUUGUGAUUUCAGUAUUUUGUAAAGUUAAAAUGAAAGUGGUGAAUUGAAACAUAAAAUAUGAAUGUGCUUUGUUACGGAGUACUUCUGAUAUACGACGUAGAAAAAUAACUGUCUAUAAAUAAACAGAGCAAACCUGAUAUUCCAUAUUAAACCUUUCUGAGGCAAACUUAUAUAAAGUGGAGACAUCGUCCAUGGUUGUCGUGUAUAGAGAAUUACUGUUUGCAGAACAAUACUAACGGUUUUUAUUUUCACAAAGUCAAAAAUGCAUUUAUGGGGAUUCGCGACAAUAUUAUUAGCGACAACAUAUAAAGGAGAAACUAUUGAAAGGAAACCAUCUUUAAAAGUGGACAAACCGUGGAUCUGGUCGGAGUAUAGCACUCGUCCUGUCAAGAAAAACUUCACUCAAAACUAUGUACAGCCGCAACAGUCACCAUUGAUAAUUUUACCGGAAAUACCGAAACCUAAUUUCAUAAAAGCCGGUCGAAGGAUUAGUGAAUCAAAAUGCCUAGAAUACUUAUGGGAACGUAGGAAUCGUUUAGCAUCUAAAGCUCCUGAACCAGGUUUCUUCCAAAUAGCAGAAAUUGGGGGAAGAGAUGCUGAAGAUGGCGAAUUCCCCCAUAUGGGAGCUCUUGGUUGGAGGGCAGUUUUAGGUACCUGGAUAUUCAAAUGUGGAAGUAGUCUAAUAAGCUCGAAAUUUACAUUGACUGCUGCACACUGUUCCAAAAUACCUUCAGAUCCCACCAUUGUAAAUCAAGUUCCGGAGAUAGUGAGACUGGGUGAAAAAAAUAUUAUUGACAUCUUUGCCAAUGGUGUUCAACCUACGGAUGCAAAAAUUCUAAGAAUAAUUAUUCAUCCGUUAUAUUCUCCACCAAAAAAAUACUACGACAUAGCUUUGGUAGAGCUUGCAUCCGAGUUGGAUUUUUCGAGUAACGUGCAACCCGUAUGUCUGUGGAAUAAUUUCGACACCAGCAAACUCGGAUCUAAAGUGUCGUCGACAGGUUGGGGUGUUGUUGAUACAGCAACUAAAAAGACGUCGCCAAUACUUCAGGCUAUUGAAAUCGAAAUGAUAGACUCUGGUAGAUGUAAUCAACUGUUGAGACACGCUUGUAAUAGAAGAUGGUGUGGACUUCAAGACCAUCAGUUCUGUGCAGGAAAACUGGAAGGAGGCGUUGACGCUUGCCAGGGCGAUUCUGGAGGUCCAUUGCAAGUAAAAAUUAAAUUACCUGAUGCUGGUGAAGGGACCAUGCAUUAUUUGAUAGGCGUUACAUCCUUUGGUAUUGGAUGUGCUCGUCCCAACCUUCCAGGUGUUUAUACCAGGGUGUCAUCAUUUAUUGACUGGAUUGAAGACAACGUGUGGGGAAAACGUUUAUAGUUCUGUGCUAUUGUCUAUUUCACACAAACAUUUUAAAAGUCACAUUACGACCUUCAUUUAUUGCUUUUUAUAUUUCAUUUAAAUAUGCAAUCCUAAAGUGUAUAAAAUAUGUCGAUCGAUAUAUAAAAUCUUAGUCCAUUAUAGAAAGCUUGAUAUACUCCCGAAUAUUCUUCAACUUGUGAAACUAAACCGACCAAACUGACACGUGCGGAUCCAGUUUUUCCAUUUCGUCGGCAAAUUGCACCACUACGUGACCGUGGCGCGUGACGCCAGGAUUAGCGGGUUUAUUGUCUUCGACAUUGUUUUAGUUUUUCCAAGCGAUGAGUGUUCCUCCCAAAAUAUUUACCUAACCUGAAUUUUUUUAGAUACAUGUCUAUUUAAUUUGUAAUUACAUUUAGUCAUGAUAAAACAUAACCACGGAGAGUCUUUAUUAUAAUAUUUCUGAGAUGUCACUUAUUAAAUGAACAAUUAAAGUGUA